AUGGUUGACGUUUCUAAUGCCCGACCAAUUGGCAUAUUGGUCGGAUAUCUGCUGACCUGCGCCGCCCUGACUACACGCUGUCUACACCUUCUUUGGCGCCGUUCAAAGGUUUCACCUCGCCAAGGUGCAUCUCACCGCCGUAAUGCGGUACUUGUCUUCAGCGCCCUGGCGGCCGUGAGCCUUGCGACCACUUGGUAUCAUAUGUUUUGCUUCUUCCAAUGGUCUUAUCAACAAUGGGCUUUGUCUGCCCCAGCUGGUCUUGAUGCCGACAAGCUUCACCUAGGGGAAUGGCUUCGUGAUACGACUCUUUUUAAGCAAGCUUGGGUGUCGACCCUCGAGAGGCCACCGAGGGCUUGGUGGUCACUACAAAUCUUUGGGUUCUGCGCAGUUUGGAGCAUUAUGCUUGCAGCUCAGUCCAAGAAGGGGAGAAUUCCUCAUCUCUGGAUCUUCAUGCUUCUAGGCCAGAUCGUAGCGAUCUCCUUUGCUGCGAACCUGUCCUUUCUUGCCUUUACCGUCUUCGACGAAGGGGUCCCAUCAGGGUCCGAGAAGAAUGCAAACAAAUCCAAGCCCGAGUCACGAACAGGACAAGGUUCCUGGCUGCCCCUUUCGUGGCUGGCCAUUCUUGCAAUCAAUCUUGGCUGUGCUGUCGCCAUUCCAAGCAACCUCGACCAUCCUCAGUUCAUGUUUCUGCUGCUGGCCCCUCAUGUGCUCGCCUUUGCGCCGCUGCUGUUGAACAGCGUGUUCGCUACCCCUGCCCCUUCGCUAUUAUCGAAACAGCCACCCUUAGUUGCCCAGGCUGCAACCAUGGCGAUCUUGCUUUCUACAGCUAUCACGGGCCUUACGAGAGAAGGCGGGGGUUGGGAGGAUAUCAAGAUCGCCUUGUAUGAGCAUCCAGCUGUGAGCAGUGUAGGGUGGGACGUCAUCUGCUGCUGGACAAGUUUUACCGCCUGGCAUAUCCUAGGCCGAUCAUGA